AUGAACUUUGACGAUGAUGCCCCGCCAGAUCUGGUCGAGACUCAGAGUCAGACCCCGUCUCAGGCGGAGCCGUCACUGAGCACAGGACCGCAGGACGAUCUCGAAGAGAAACGAAUCAAAGUCCCAAUCACCAUUGUCACUGGUUAUUUGGGUGCUGGAAAAACCACUCUGUUGAAUUACAUCUUGACCGCGCAGCAUGGCAAGAAGAUUGCCGUCAUCAUGAAUGAAUUCGGCGACUCCAUUGACAUUGAAAAGUCACUUACCGUCAACAAAGGGGACGAAAAGGUUGAAGAAUGGCUCGAGGUCGGCAACGGAUGUUUGUGCUGUUCCGUCAAAGACACCGGCGUCAACGCGAUCGAGUCGCUGAUGGAGAAGAAGGGUGCCUUCGACUACAUCCUCCUUGAGACCACCGGCCUGGCCGACCCUGGCAACCUGGCGCCGCUCUUCUGGGUCGAUGACGGCCUCGGCAGCACCAUCUACCUCGACGGCAUCGUCACCGUUAUCGACGCAAAGAACAUUCUCCGCAGUCUCGACGAUCCGUCUGGCAAGAUCGAAGUCGAGGAAGACCACGAUCACGACCACAGCAGCAGCCCGCUCAUGACAACGGCGCAUAUGCAAAUCUCCCACGCCGACGUCAUCGUCAUCAACAAGGCAGAUCUCGUCACCCCAGAUGAGCUGCAACAGGUCAGGGACAGGAUCGAGUCCAUCAAUGGUCUCGCCAAGAUUCACGUAACGCAGAAGAGCGAGGUUCCGCAGCUCGAGGGCGUCCUGCUGGACCUGCACGCCUACGACGAGCUUGCCGAGCUUGACUUCAGCCGCAAAGGCCACAGCCAUCUAGACCCCGCCAUCUCCACCGUCUCCAUACCGGUUCCGGUUUUGUCGCCCAGCCAAGAGGCAAAAGUGGAUAAAUGGCUGCGAAGUGUGCUCUGGGAUCACGAACUGCCAGGGGAGGGGAGGACCAUUGAGACGCACCGCUCAAAAGGGCGGUUGGUAUUCGACGACGGCAAAGUCAAGAUGAUACAGGGCGUCCGGGAAAUCUUUGAGAUUUUGGAGGCGCCUGAGCAGUCAUCGAUAGAUGGGCCAAAGCAAGGCAAGAUUAUUCUCAUCGGGCGCCACCUGCAAGGCAUCGAUUUUGAGAAGAGCCUCAAAUAUGUUUUACAAUCAUAG